AUGCUUCGUCAAUUGCGACCUCGAAGCGCGCUCUUCAAGCAGUCCCCGUCGAGGCUGCUAGCUGCUUGGGAAUCCCCGAGAGCAUAUAGCAUCAAAGCCGACGCAGCAACCACACAAGAUAUCGACCCCUCUAAGCUAUCUAUCACCAAGACGACAACUCCCAAAGACUUGGUUCCUCAAAAUGAACUCGUUUUCGGGCGGACGUUCACAGACCACAUGCUCAGUCUCGAAUGGACAGCAAAAGAAGGAUGGCUAGCACCCCGCAUAACGCCCUACCAAAACCUCUCUCUCGACCCCGCAAGCUGCGUCUUCCACUACGCAUUCGAAUGUUUCGAAGGCAUGAAGGCAUACAAAGACAGCAAAGGGCAAAUACGUCUCUUCCGACCCAAAAAUAACAUGGAGCGCAUGAACAAGUCCUCGGCACGCAUAGCACUGCCUACAUUUGACGGCGCGGCUAUGAUUCAAUUAAUUUCUAAGUUCGCUGCACUGGAGGAGCGGUUCAUUCCCUCCGAAAAGGGAUAUUCUCUCUAUCUGCGCCCAACAAUGAUUGGUACGCAAAGAACACUCGGAGUUGGUCCUCCGGGCUCUGCCCUGCUCUACGUGAUUGCUUCUCCAGUCGGCCCAUACUAUCCCACUGGCUUCAAGGCGAUAUCACUAGAAGCUACGGAUUACGCAGUUCGAGCCUGGCCCGGAGGGGUAGGUGAUAAGAAGCUGGGCGCUAACUACGCGCCUUGCAUCUUGCCGCAAUUGGAGGCCGCGAAACGUGGUUUCCACCAGAAUCUGUGGUUGUUUGGUGAGGAGGAGUUCAUCACCGAGGUGGGCACUAUGAAUAUGUUUGUGGCGAUGAAGAACAAGGAGACUGGCCAGAAGGAGCUCCUUACAGCUCCGCUGGAUGGUACCAUCCUUGAAGGUGUCACUCGGGAUUCUGUCUUGUCGCUGGCGCGCGAGAAGCUUGUAAAGGAAGGAUGGAAUAUCGUUGAGCGGAAAGUUACCAUGAAGGAGCUAGCUGACGCCGCGGCGGAGGGCCGGUUGUUGGAAGCUUUUGGUGCGGGAACUGCAGCCAUUGUUGCCCCGGUGCGGAACAUCAGCUGGAAGGGCAAGUUGGUCGAUUGUGGGCUGAAACCCGAUGAGGAGGCGGGCGAGGUUGCUUUGAAGAUGAAGGACUGGAUUGAGGCGAGACAAUACGGUGACGAGGAGCAUGAAUGGAGUUAUGUUGUUCCGAAAUAG